UGCCAUAUCACUGCGUCAAUACUGCGAUUAUGUGUGUUACAUAAGCGCGCCAAUAUAUCUCAAUUGCAAGUGGCGCUGCAAGAAACUUAACCGCGCUGCAACGGAGAUCACUCUUCGUUUCUACUGCGCAUUGAUCAGGACGCAGAGCCACGACCCGUACUUUUAGCAUGCUAAUAAUAUGGUCCGCCAACUUUCGGUUUGAAUAUAACUUCCUAGUAACAAACUAGGAUAAUCAGACCAAGAAGACAGAUACAAAAUGGCUUCAAGCAAACAAGACAAGUACUUGCUGGUUGCAGCGAUCGACUUCGGAACAACAUAUUCUGGAUACGCUUUUUCUACUAGAUAUGAUUUCCAGAGAGACCCAACAAAUACGUUUUUAAAACAGUGGGUGGAUCCUACAAGCUCAAUGAUGAAUAACAAAACAUCAACAUGUAUUUUGUUUACUAAAAAAAAGAAAUUCAGCAAAUUUGGUUUUGAGGCUGAGGCCAAAUACUUGGAUCUUAUACUUGACAAAGACCAUAUGGACUGGUACUUUUUCCGAAGAUUCAAAAUGUCUCUUUAUGAUGUUCAGUCGACCGAUGAAGAAGUAUAUCUUGAAGAUGAAACAGGAAAACCAAUGGCUGCUUUGAUUGUAUUCACAGAGUCUCUCAAAUACCUGAUAGAUUCUCUCCUUAACGAUGCAAGAAAGCAACAAUCUGAAAUCCACCUGCAAGACAUCAAAUGGAUACUCACGGUACCAGCUAUAUGGUCAGACCCGGCCAAAGCCUUCAUGCGAAAAGCCGCUGUCGGGGCAGGAAUAGACACUGAGAUGCUAACAAUAGCAUUGGAGCCUGAAGCGGCGGCCAUGUAUGUUAAACACAUUCCUUUAGAAAGAAGUGUGGAUGGAAAAACAGGCGAUGUGUUUCAAACAUUCUCUCCUGGGUCAAAAUACAUUGUGGUCGAUGCUGGAGGUGGUACAAUUGAUAUCACGGCACAUCAAGUCAUGGAAGAUGGCAAUGUCAAAGAACUCAUCAAAGCUACAGGGGGUGAUUGGGGAGGCACUAGGGUAGACGGAGAAUACAUUGAUUUAAUCAAAUGUCUGAUUGGUAGAACAGCCACAGAUGAUCUCAACCAAAACGCACCAAACGUAUUCUUCGAAGCUUGUAGAGAGUUUGAGUCAGCUAAAAGAACAAUCAAACCGAAGUCUGAUAUAACAUUCAAUGUACGUAUUCCCUCAGAUAUAGGGGAAACCUACACGAGGACGCAUUCGGGUAAAAAUUUGAAGUCUGUCGAAUAUGUAACAACAAAGCGUAAAAAACAAUUCAAAAUAUCAUUUAUCGGGGACAAAUUGAGAUUGGCAUCAAGCGAUGCAGAGAAGUUCUUUGCCAAAUCCGUUAAAAAAAUUACUAAGCAUCUUAAAAAAGUAUUUAAACAAAAAGAUGGGAGUGGUAUUUCAACCAUUAUUCUUGUCGGUGGGUAUGCCGAGUCUUUAAUCCUUAUGGAAGGGAUUAAGUCAUCAUUUCCACACAUGCGCACCAUUAUUCCACAAGGGGCAGCAUGGUCCGUUCUUCGAGGUGCGGUCAUCUUUGGUCACGACCCGAGUCUCAUUAGACAGAGACGGAGCAAAUACUCUUACGGUAUUGAUGUUUUUGAAAAAUUUAAUCCAGCCAAGCACGAUGAAAACCGUAAGUAUGAAAAAGACGGGGAAAUUCGAUGUGGUAAAAUAUUUAGUAAACUCGUGGAAGUUGAUCAAACGGUUACUGUUGAAGAAUAUCAAGGUGAAGGUGUUUAUACUUUACAUGCGUUUGGGACGAAAGGAGAUGUGAAACUGUAUUCCAGUACAGAGAUGAAUCCUCAAUAUGUUGAUGAUGAAAAUUGUUUCUUUAUUGGAUAUAUUCUGAAACCUGGCCAUAGCUUUCUUCUAAAUGAAGAUAUAGUUAUCAAGAUGUGUUUUGGAGAAACAGAAAUUGAAUUCAAUGCACACCAACCAAAAAGUCAAAAGACGGCCAAAUACUAUCUUGGACAAAACUAGUAAAAGCUUGCCAUAUAAUUUGUAUGUACAAGAUUUUAUCCUGCAUCCAACAUUUUCUUCAGAUCAUAAACU